AUGUCGCAGACCCAGCUGCGGACUCGUGCUCAUGCGGCCGUCGCAUACGACGAACAAGCUCAAAAGCUCUCUCUUGAAUCCUCAUCUCAGAUAAAUGACGACGGCGAUAGGGCUGGUCAUGCCGUUGAAGCCAAAUUCAUCACUCCAUUGGACCCAGUCAUCGAAACCGUGGAUGGCAAUAGGCUGCCAGCCGUGCCCGUCCAGGAAGCGCAUAAGAUCAACUUGUUAAAGAACCGAUCUGAGGGCCGACCAUAUCGUCCUGGACGACCGCGAGGUUUGAGCCGGUUCGACAGGCAAAGGGCUGGGCCUGGAGCAGUUGACCAGAAUGAAUUGAUGAAGGAUGACCAAGAGAGCGAAUCCAGUCGAUUAGACGAAGCAAUUCCGGUCUUGCAUACCCACCCUCUCUUUCCUCCCCUGCCUCUCUACGGGCCUCCAUCAGUUCUACGAGAUCUUCAAUGUGCAGUACUUCGAACGACAUCAGCUAUACUCUCGACGGCCUUUCUUGCCGUCAUCGUACUGGGGGCGUUGUUCACAUCAAUACCGCGAUUUUUCAACGAUGCGUGGCUGUGGCUCACCUUCAGGGAUCCUUGUACGCGGAGACCUUUCCACGACGAGGAGACAAGACGUUCGGUUAUACGCAAAGAGCAAGAGAAGGAAUGGAGGAGGCGCGCGACAAAACAAGACGCAGCUUCACAAAACGGUACAAUAGAGCAGGCUGCAUCGACACAGAAGCCACUGGUACCGCUUGAGGGAGGCCCUGAUAAACUAGUCUGCGACAUCAGGUACUAUGCACGUCGAGUGGGUCUAGACGCCGAGGAGUUCAAAGUGCAGACAGAAGACGGGUUUGUCCUGUCAUUAUGGCAUAUCUACGACCCCACAGAGUACACACCCGCUCCAAGUACAGAGCGACAACCGGACGAGCCUACCAUUUUCACAGAUUCCAAAGAAGGCUUCCAACGCCACAUCCAGAAGCAGUACUCCGAUGGCAACAGAAGAUACCCCGUAUUACUGGUGCAUGGGCUCCUGCAGAGCGCUGGUGCUUAUUGUGCAAACGAUGACGACAGUUUGGCCUUUCUUCUGUGUAAGUCUGGGUACGACGUAUGGUUGGGAAACAAUCGUUGCGGUUUCAGUCCUGAGCAUAGUCUGUUAGAGUAUCAUGAUCCGCGGAUGUGGGCUUGGAAUAUUCGGCAGAUGGGAGUGAUGGACCUUCCCGCGUUCAUGUCUCGAGUUCUAGAGGAGACGGGAUUCGAGAAGCUCGGGUUGGUGUGUCACAGCCAGGGUACCACAGAAACAUUCGUGGCGUUGGCGAAAGAGCAGCGACCAGAUCUGGGUGACAAGAUCAGUGUCUUCUGCGCUCUUGCCCCUGCAGUCUACGCAGGUCCCUUGAUUGGCAAGAUGUAUUUCAAGUUCAUGCGGGUUAUUUCACCGUCGAUGUUUAGGGUCUUCUUCGGCAUCCACAGCUUCAUCCCGCUGAUGAUGACCAUGCACCGCGUGUUACCCGGAAAGCUUUAUGGAGCCCUGGGCUACCGCGUCUUCUCGUUCUUGUUUGAUUGGACCGACACGCGAUGGGAUCGGGGACUUCGGAAUCGACUGUUCCAGUUCUCACCCGUCUACGUAAGUGCAGAGAGCAUGAGGUGGUGGUUGGGUCGAGAAUGCUUUGCGAAGCAAAAGUGCAUUCUCGCCACACGGGAAGAUGGACAGACGGAGGAGGUGGAGGACGAUGGAGAGGAAAGCCCUGAGCGUGGCACGUCCAACGGAGACGAUCGAGGGCGAACGGCAUGGUUUGACGAGCAUGUCCCUCCGCUGGCGCUGUGGGUGGCCGGAAGCGACGACCUUGUCGAUGGGAGGAGACUUUUGAGGCGGUUCGAACGUGGACGUGAACCCUUCGUGCAGGUGGUCCACAGCAAAAUCAUUGAGGAAUAUGAGCAUCUCGAUGUUCUUUGGGCAAUGGAUGCCGUGGAGCAGGUGGGCAACGAAGUCCGGCAGGUACUUUGGAAGACGAUGCCAGAGGAGGCAAGAAGGAUAUGCAGGAGAAUAUUUGCAGUCGUGGAUGAUGAUCGAGGCGAUAGUCAAGCCGGUGACCGACAAGAGUAA